CCAUCUAAUUCGUCAUUCUGUAUGGCUCAGUGGAGUCAAGUCCAACAACUUGAGCAAAGGUUUUUGGAACAGGUGGACCAAUUUUAUGAUGAUACGUUUCCCAUGGAGGUACGACAUCAGCUGGCAGCUUGGAUAGAGAGCCAGGACUGGGAUGCUGCCUCUAACAGCGACUCACUGGCCACAAUUCUCCUUCAGAACCUGAUGAUACAGAUUGAAGAUCAAUUAAACCGGGUUUCACAGGAGAAGAACCUGUUGUUAAGGCACAAUCUGAAAAGGAUCAAGCAGCUUAUUCUAGGAAAGUAUCAUGGUAAUCCCAUGCAUAUGGCAAUGAUAGUCUCAAACUGUUUACGGGAAGAGAGGAGAAUUUUGGCAGCAGCAAGUAUGCCUAUGCAGGGUCCAUUUGAAAAGUCAUUGCAAAGUAAUGCAGUUUCCGAAAGACAGAGAGCGGUAGAGAGUAAAGUUGCUACUAUUAAAAACAGUGCACAGGUGACUGAACAAGAUGUGAAAUACCUGGAAGAUCUGCAAGAUGAAUUUGAUUUCAGAUUUAAAACACUACAAAGCAAAGAUAUGGGUGACAAAAAUAAUAUUCUAAUAGAACAAGAAAGUUACAAGUUGCAGCAAAUGCUCAAUACUUUGGACCAAAAGAGAAAGGAAGCCCUUCGGAAAAUUACACAGAUAGUUGACGAAAUUGACGCUUUAAUGAGCAAGAAACUGAUUGAAGAAUUAAGGGACUGGAAGAGGAGACAACAGAUCGCAUGCAUUGGAGGGCCACUCCAUGGCAGUCUCGAUCAGUUUCAGAACUGGUUCACUCUUCUAGCAGAAAGUUUAUUCCAGUUACGAAGGCAAAUACAGAAACUUGAUGAACUGUGGACUAAGGUUACAUAUGAUGGGGAUCCAAUUCCACAACAUAAACAGUACUUAAUGGAGCGGGUGAUUUUCCUACUUUUAAACCUCUUUCAAAGUUCAUUUAUUGUCGAGAGGCAACCCUGCAUGCCAACUCACCCACAGCGACCUCUAGUGCUUAAAACAGAAAUACAAUUCACUGUUAAAUUAAGGCUACUUGUAAAACUCCCAGAACUGAACUACCAACUACGUGUAAAAGCAACAAUUGACAAAAAUGCGGCCACUCUAAGUAACCGUAAAUUUAUCCUUAAUGGAACACCUGUCAAAGUUAUGAGUAUUGAGGAGUCUGCAAAUGGAAGCCUUUCUGUAGAAAUGAGGCACCUGAGACCAAAGGAAAGCAAGUCAAACUCUAGCACCAAAGGUCAUGAGGGUUCUCAUAUGGUAACCGAAGAAUUGCAUUCAAUAAGCUUUGAAACACAAGUAUGUUUGUAUGGAUUAACAAUAGACUUGGAAACGAAUUCACUGCCUGUGGUGAUGAUCUCCAACGUCAGCCAGUUACCGAGUGCUUGGGCUUCUAUCAUUUGGUACAAUCUCUUUACAGCAGAACCUCAAAUGAAUACAGCAGCCCAGUAUCAGAAUCUGGCCUUCUUUGCAAGCCCACCAACAGCCAGCCUUAAUCAGCUUCUGGAGGUAUUAAGCUGGCAGUUUUCAUCAUAUGUAGGACGGGGACUGAAUUCAGAACAACUUAACAUGUUGGGAGAAAAACUCAUCGGUCUACAGGUAACCCCGACUGACAAUCAAAUCUCAUGGGCAAAAUUCUGCAAGGAACAUUUGCCGGGGAAGUCAUUUUCAUUUUGGGCCUGGCUUGAAGGAAUACUAGAACUGAUCAAGAAACACCUACUUCCUAUUUGGAUUGAUGGAUGCAUCAUGGGAUUUGUAAGCAAGGAGAGAGAACGUAUCUUAUUAAAGGACAAGAUGCCUGGAACAUUUCUUCUGAGGUUUAGUGAAAGCCACUUAGGGAGCAUUACAUUUACAUGGAUGUAUCAGUCAGAAAAUGGAGAAGUCAGGUUCCACUCGGUAGAGCCAUACAAUAAAGGUCGACUAAACGCUCUUCCUUUUCCUGAUAUCCUUCGAAAUUACAAAGUUAUAGAGGCUGAAAAUGCUCCUGAAAACCCACUGAAGUACCUAUAUCCAGACAUCCCAAAAGACAAAGCUUUUGGAAAACAUUAUAAUAGCCAGGAGACAGAAACCUCAAGACCCACAGAAAAUGGAGACAAAGGCUAUGUUCCAUCAGUUUUUGUUCCUAUGUCCAAACUGCCAUCAAAUGGUGCUUCUUUAUCGUCACCUCCUUCUCCACUGGACCUCCCCAUGUCUCCAAGCGUAUUUGCUGCACUCCGUGAGCACCUCAGCCCAGCAGAAAUAGAAACAGCUAUGAGCUCACCAUAAAUAACUUUUUGCAGAAUUGAAACCACUGUACAGAAGCUGAAACCCACACCCAUUCUUCAAGCCACUGAUCUUCCCCACAUGCUCUGUGUAAAUACCUCAUCCCUACAAUAGCCCUACAAUAUGAGUUGUUUCAGUAUCAUUGUUGUAUGAAUCCUGUGCAACAUACAUUAAAAGUGUUUGCUACUUUU